GGGAGGGGAAGAGAGGGCGGACCAGGCGGUGGCGUUCCACGAGCUAUUCACGUUCGCGGACAGGUGGGACCUGGUGCUCAUGGCGGCGGGGAGCCUUGGCGCCGCCAUGCCGCUCUUCUUCCUGCUGUUCGGGGACCUCAUCAACGGCUUCGGCAAGAAUCAGACCGACCUCCGCACCAUGACCGACGAGGUCUCCAAGUAUGCCCUCUACUUCGUCUACCUCGGACUCGUGGUGUGCGUCUCCUCAUACGCAGAGAUCGCGUGCUGGAUGUACUCCGGGGAGCGGCAGGUGAUCGCGCUGCGGAAGGCGUACCUGGACGCCGUGCUCCGGCAGGACGUUGGGUUCUUCGACACGGACGCGCGCACGGGGGACAUCGUGUUCGGCGUCUCCACCGACACGCUGCUCGUGCAGGACGCGAUCGGGGAGAAGGUCGGCAACUUCAUCCACUACAUCGCCACCUUCCUCGCCGGGCUGGUCGUCGGGUUCGUCGCGGCGUGGCGCCUCGCGCUGCUCAGCGUGGCCGUCAUCCCGGCCAUCGCCUUCGCCGGUGGCCUGUACGCCUACACGCUCACCGGGCUCACCUCCAAGAGCAGGGAGUCCUACGCCAAUGCCGGCGUCGUCGCAGAGCAGUCUUGGAGAGGGUGUAGAGACUGGAGUUAUAUCUGCUUCACACUUGGAACAAUUGGGAUCAGUGGUCGAAGAGGUUUCUCUACCUUCAUUUUCUCUUGGCCUACCCGCAUAUUACAAAUUGGCUUCAUCUGAAGCCUGUUCUAAUCUAUCACGCUAUGAUGGUAUCAGGUAUGGAAGGCAGGUUUCAGCUGAUGACUUGAAUGAACUUUAUGGAGGUUCCCAGGCUAACGGUCUGGG